AUGUCAAGUUCACAAUAUUUUGUUCGUACACCAUCACGUCGUUUUCCUACACGAUCGGAUUCUACUGAUGAUUUUCUAUUGGCGGCUGCCGAAAGUGGUUUGUCGCCAUCACGUGGUACAUCACCAUCUAAUACACAUCGUCGACAGAUUCAAGAGAUUCCAGAUGAUUCAAUAAAAAUAUCUCAACGUUUAACAUCACGUGUUGAAGAUUUAAUUGAAAAACGUAGAAAAAAUCGUGGAUUAACACCAACACAAAUACCAUAUAAAAAACGAUCUCAAUCAUAG